UUAUCACUGUUUCAAAAAACCAUGUGCUAAAAAACAACAAUUUUAAAUUUUACCUUCCAAGCAUGCUAUCAAGAAACACAAAACCUCACAAAUAAACAAAAAAAAAGAAACAAAAUUCAGGAAAAUUAAGUGGUUUGGACUUAAGAGCAUUUAGGGCGUAAUCCUUGCGUCCUAAAUGAGAUGACGCUUUCGAAAUUGCAAAACUAAGCCCACCCAUGCUUUCUAACACAUCUAUUUAAGCUAACGGUAAAUUAAUAACUAGAUACUUACCAAAAUGCCUCCCAAGAAAAGUAUAACGGGCGCUAAGAAAAGUAUCGCUAAGAAAAGCAUCAGCGGAAAAAAGAAGAGCAUCUCAGGUAAGAAGAAAAGUUCCAUUAAAGGUUCAAGGAAGAGUAUAAAAGGAGGCAAAGGAAAACGAGGAUCAAAAGGAAGAAAGUCCAUGGUUGGCGAUUUGCUUAGUGAACUACCUGAGUAUAAUGCCGAAAAUGUUCGAGAUGCAAUGCAUGAAAUGGAAACUGCUGAAUCGCCCAUUAACUUAACCCUUGGUAUAUUGAAAAAGAUUAGACUCCCACCGAUUAACUGGUAUAAUUACGACCUAAAGGCGCAUGCAAUGAAAUUGUCGAACACUGCUUAUUCAGUCGUACUGACUGGCCUUUGGGGAGAGCAUUCAAGGCCUUUUAUUAAUGGUGGACCAUUUUUGGACGAUUACGAAUUUUCACAAAUUCAUUUUCAUUGGGGUCAAUCUAACUCUGAAGGUAGCGAGCACACUGUCGAUGGUGUUCAAUUUCCAUUUGAACUGCAUGCUGUGUUUUAUCGAAAACUGUAUGAAUCGCACGAACGAGCCAAAGCCGAAGAGGAUGGCAUCGCUGUUCUAGUAUAUUUAUUCAAACUUGCCCAGACAACGAAUGUAAAGCUGCAACCUAUAACUGAUUCUUUGCCUUCAGUCGUAAAUGCCUAUACAGAUGCCUCUAUCGACCCAGUCCCUUUGAUAUCACUUAUUAAGAAUAUUAUUGACGAUUACAUUCUGUAUCUUGGAGUUAUGAAGUACAAAUGUGCACAUGGUGUGUUGUGGCUGAUCUGCAGGGACACAUUUGGAAUAACUGAAGCACAGCUGGAUAUAUUCCGAACCGUGCUGGACAAAAAUCAUAACCCCAUACCAAAGACGAGUUGGGGGGUGGCCCCUUUCAAGGAUCGAGUUGUUUUCCUUGCCAACCCAGACGAUCCUGAGCCUAAAUGUGUAAUUCACCCUAAUAGCGAUGUGUCGUCAAGGGGAUCAUCAGUCAAGACGUCAAGGAGGCAAUCGGCAAAGUCGGAUAAGCAGAGGAGACAAUCAGCAGGCGGAAGAGCAUCCGUUAGGAGACAGUCUGCUAGGAGACAGUCUAGGAGACAGUCCAGGAGACAAUCUAAAAAAUAACCAAAAAUAUUUACUUUUCCUGUCUCAUAAAGCAAUUGAUGAUUGAAUGACUUAAAACUUUGAUGUACAUGAAGUGUAAUUACAACCUAGCUAUGUUAAAUGCAAAUUGUAAAGGUGUAAAGUGAUAAAAGAUUGUUUAACAUAAAAAAUUACAACCUAGCUAUGUUAAAUAUUGUAAAGAUGUAAGGUAAUAAAAGAUUGUUAACGUAAAA